UCACGAACUAGAUUUAACGAAACUUUGGAGUCCGGACAUGAGAGAGAAAGAUGAGGAGGGAGGUGUAAGAAACUGGGAAGAGAAGGUGGUGGUCUUGUUGCCAUUCUGAUCUAAAGCUUGUGUCUUUCUGCUUCGUUUGCAUCUUCUGCUGCGUAAAGUUGAUUCUUUUCUGAUUCUUCCGUAGAUUUCAUCUCUGAAACUAGUUCUAAUACUUUAUCUACAGAUCUCUAUAUUCUAGGUGAAGGUUUGCUUUUGAUCCGGCUUGGGAGUUUUGAUAGACUUGAUUUUAACUCUUUAAGAGCCAUAUGCUCACAGUGGUCGGAUAUAGUACAUCAGAAGUUCACACAAGAGAUAUAUAUAAUUAUUCUUGGGUACCACCUGCAGAAUGUCAUUCCGCAGCAUAGUUCGUGAUGUAAGGGAUAGUUUCGGGAGCUUAUCUAGGCGUAGUUUUGAUGUCAGACUUACUGGGCAUCAUAGAGGAAAAUCUCAAGGAUCAGUGCAGGAUUUGCAUGACCAACCUCUAGUAAUUCAAAAUAGCCGUUGGGCCAGCUUACCCCCGGAAUUACUAUUUGAUAUCAUUAGACGGCUAGAGGAGAGUGAGAAUACAUGGCCUGCUCGAAAGCAUGUUGUUGCAUGUGCUGCAGUUUGCCAGUCUUGGAGGAAUAUGUGCAAGGACAUCGUUAAGAGCCCAGAGUUUUGUGGCAAACUUACAUUCCCUGUGUCCUUGAAGCAGCCUGGGCCACGGGAUGGAAUCAUUCAAUGUUUUAUCAAAAGAGAUAAAUCUAAUUUAACAUACCACCUAUUCCUUUGUCUCAGCCCUGCUUUGUUAGUUGAAAAUGGAAAAUUCCUCCUUUCUGCUAAGAGGACAAGGAGAACAACUUACACUGAGUACGUUAUUUCCAUGGAUGCUGACAACAUCUCUAGAUCAAGUAACACUUACAUUGGAAAGCUGAGAUCAAAUUUUCUUGGUACAAAGUUCAUUAUAUACGAUACACAGCCUCCAUACUCUUCUGCCCAUAUAUGCCCUCCUGGGACUGGGAAGACGAGCCGCAGAUUUUAUUCCAAAAAGGUCUCGCCUAAGGUCCCAUCUGGGAGUUACAACAUAGCUCAGGUAACAUAUGAAUUAAAUGUGCUUGGGACUCGAGGACCAAGAAAGAUGCACUGCGUUAUGCAUUCAAUACCAGCUUCAGCACUAGAUGCAGGUGGCACUGUUCCUGGCCAGCCAGAGCUUCUUCCCCGUUCCCUGGAGGACUCGUUUCGGAGCAUCUCGUUUUCAAAGUCUCUAGAUCAUUCUAUUGAGUUCAGCAGUUCGCGAUUUUCUGAGAUUGGGGAAUCCUGCAUCGAAGAUGAUGAUGGCAAGAUGAGACCCUUGGUUCUGAAAAACAAGCCUCCAAGAUGGCAUGAACAGUUACAAUGUUGGUGCCUUAAUUUCCGUGGACGAGUAACAGUUGCGUCUGUUAAAAACUUUCAGUUGAUUGCUGCCACCCAACCAGCUGCUGGUGCACCUACACCAUCUCAACCAGCUCCACCGGAGCACGAUAAGAUCAUUCUUCAGUUUGGCAAAGUUGGGAAGGACAUGUUCACCAUGGAUUAUCGGUACCCUUUAUCUGCAUUCCAAGCUUUUGCAAUAUGCUUGAGCAGCUUUGACACCAAAUUGGCUUGUGAAUAAGAUAAAUCAUGAAUCAGAAGGGUUAUAAGUGAGCUAAUGAAACAAUGAUGUUGAUGGUAUAUUUCCCUUUGUUUUUCUUUUCUUUUCCUAUUUUCAUUACCAGUAUCAUGGGAGUAGGCAAUUGUUGUUACUCAGCUUUUGUAUGACUAAAUUGUAACCGUAGUGCAUCUCUGAUGUAAUAGGAUUUUAGAGCAUUUUUAACAUACAAUGUUGCUAUGUUUCUUUCUCAGUUGAUUCUACCAACAAACCAUCAUUUAACAUAUUUUAGGCUCUGCUGCAGUCUACAUUGUCUGGUACAUGUUUGGUAAUUGAGAGGUAUAUAUAUUCUGUCACAUGGUGAUUGUAUGUACUUGUACCUUGUAUGGUGGGUGCUGAAUAGAUUGAUCUUAAGAAUUGUUUGGGAAUCAGGAAAACAA